AUGACUUACAAUAUUAAAAACAAAGUUAUAGUCAUCACUGGUGGUGCAGUUGGUAUCGGCUAUGAAAUAGCUGACAAAUUUCUAGAUAAAGGAGCAAAAGUAGCAGUUAUUUUAGAUAUCAACGAAACCCAAGGUGCUGAAGCUGUCGAAACAUUGACUGUUAAACAUGGUCCCAGAAAAGCGAUUUUUAUGAAGUGUAAUGUAACUACAGAUUUGGAAGAAGUAUCCACGACCAUUUUUGAUACAUUCAAGUACGUUGAUAUUCUUGUUAAUAAUGCUGGAAUCCUGGAUGAUACAUCAGCAAGGAAGACUAUUGAAAUAAAUGUCACUGCGGUCAUCGAAUGGUCUCUUAAGUUCUGGGAGCAUAUGAGAAAAGACAAAGGCGGUAAAGGUGGUACUAUUAUCAACUUGGCGUCGAUUUAUGGAUACAGAGUUGACCAGUUUCUUCCUGUUUAUCAAGCGUCAAAAUUUGCAGUCAUGGGAUUCACGCGAUCAUUAGGACAUAAGUAUAAUUUCGAGAGAACUGGAGUGAAGGUGGUAGCAAUCUGCCCAGGAUUCACGGAAACGAAGCUGACUUCGCAUCCGAAGACUCACAAAGACGAACAGAUGCAAAUAGAUUUCUUUGUGUUCCUGAAAGGCCAGGCUUGGCAGAAGGCAGAUCCUGUUGGCAACGCCUCCGUAGAGAUAUUUGAAAAAGAAAGUGGGUCCGCGUGGCUUAUUGAAGGCGGAAAACCAAUCAAAGAAGUUAAAUAGGCUGGGUUUUGAAUGGAGCAAUUUCUCUACCAUAACACUCAAACUUUGAACUUCAAAUAGUAGAAUGUUGUAUCUUUUAUAAUAUUUUGUUAAUAUGUAAAUUAAAGUAGCACAAGUGUUCCUAUAUUACAAAACUAUGUACCUAUCGUAAAAAUAUUAAAUUAUGUAUAUAUUAUAUAGUAGUAAUC